UUGUGCCUAGGUAGUUUGAUCUUUAUAGCUAUAACACAGUACGUACACAAUAUGAGCUUGAUUUUAAGCUUAUUUUUUAGUCUAAUUAUCGGCAUCUCUAAUGCUCAACUUAGAGUUGGCUUUUACGACCGAUCAUGCCCGGCCGCAGAGGCCAUUGUCCGGACCGUAGUCCGAAACGCCGUCGUUUCAAACCCCAACACCGCCGCUAAGCUCCUUCGUCUUCAUUUUCACGACUGUUUUGUCCAGGGUUGUGAUGGUUCGAUUCUGAUUGAAAGCGUUCCUAACGCGGAGAAGGAUGCAUUUCAGCACCAAGGUGUUGGAGGGUUUGAAGUCAUAGAUUCGGCUAAAAGAGAACUAGAAGUCAUAUGCCCUGGUGUUGUUUCUUGUGCUGAUAUCGUUGCCUUGGCUGCAAGAGACGCCAUUACCUUGGCUCGGGGACCGGUUUACGAGGUGCCGACCGGGCGGAGAGAUGGUCGGAUUUCGAACUUUCUUCUGGCGAGCGAUAUGCCAGAGGUUAGUGACUCAAUUCAGCUAAUAAAGGCUAAGUUUCUUCGGAAAGGUCUCACCGAGAGAGACCUUGUAGUUCUAACUGCUGCUCAUACAAUUGGAACAACAGCAUGUUUCUUCAUGACCAAAAGGCUAUACAACUUUUUCCCCGGAGGAGGAGGAUCUGACCCUGCCAUAAACCCUAGUUUCCUUCCGGUGCUGAAAGCGAGAUGCCCUCCGAACGGCGACGUCAACACGCGGUUGCCGAUCGACCAAGGCAGCGAGCAAACAUUUGACAUUCACAUCAUGCAGAACAUCAUCAAUGGAUUUGCUGUGUUGGAGUCUGAUGCUAGGCUUAGAGACGAUGUCACUACAAGAACCCUAAUGGACUCCUACCUUGGUCUCUUUAAUAAUCCUCUCUUUAAUCGACCCUUUUUCCAAUCAGAUUUUGUUGACUCCAUGGUCAAGAUGGGCCAGAUUGGUGUCAAGACUGGUUUCCAGGGAGAGAUUAGGAGAACUUGUAGUAGAUUCAACUGA